UCUCGCCGCUGCCGCUGGCUCCGCUUCAGCAAAGCUUUGAGGGAGUUGCAAACGCCGGAGGAGCGGCGGCGGCGGCGCGAGCAAGCAGUGCAGCGUGUGUGCGCGCUGCUUGUGUGAUGAACAAGCCUUGCUUCCUGCCGCCUUCUGCCGGCUGAGCCCUAUUGCACCGGGCUGGGUGGGUGGUCCAAGCAGGCGAGGAGAAGAGAGCUACCGCUGUGCGCCGGUUGACCUUGGCUCAGGAGAGGCUAGUUGCUCUGCAAAAAAGUUACCACAACCCCCAGCCCUUAAGAUAUGGCACAAGGAAAUAACUAUGGACAGAGCAGCAAUGGGGUAGCCGAUGAAUCCCCAAACAUGUUGGUGUACAGAAAGAUGGAAGAUGUCAUAGCUCGUAUGCAAGAUGAGAAAAAUGGGAUUCCUAUUCGUACAGUCAAAAGCUUUCUCUCCAAGAUUCCCAGUGUUUUCUCUGGCUCAGACAUUGUUCAGUGGUUAACAAAGAAUUUGUCGAUAGAAGAUCCAGUGGAAGCCCUUCAUUUGGGAACACUUAUGGCAGCCCAUGGUUAUUUCUUCCCUAUCUCAGACCAUGUUCUAACUCUGAAGGAUGAUGGUACCUUUUAUCGGUUCCAAACACCCUAUUUUUGGCCAUCUAAUUGUUGGGAGCCAGAAAAUACAGAUUAUGCGGUUUACCUUUGCAAGCGAACAAUGCAAAACAAAGCACGGCUUGAGCUAGCAGACUAUGAAGCAGAAAGCUUGGCCAGGUUGCAACGAGCAUUUGCACGGAAGUGGGAAUUUAUUUUUAUGCAAGCAGAAGCACAAGCCAAAGUGGACAAGAAAAGGGAUAAGAUAGAAAGAAAAAUCCUUGACAGCCAGGAGAGAGCAUUCUGGGAUGUACACCGACCAGUGCCUGGAUGUGUAAAUACGACUGAAGUUGAUAUUAAAAAGUCUUCAAGAAUGAAAAAUCCUCACAAAACAAGGAAGUCUGUUUAUGGAUUACAGAAUGAUAUUCGAAGUCAUAGUCCUACACACCCACCAGUGCCAGAAACAAAACCUCCCACAGAAGAGCAAUUGUGUCAAGAGAUAAAAUAUUGGCAAAUACAGCUAGACAGACAUCGGUUAAAAAUGUCAAAAGUUGCAGAAAGUCUAUUAGCUUAUACUGAGCAGUAUGUGGAAUACGACCCUUUUCUGCUGCCACCUGAUCCCUCUAAUCCUUGGCUGUCAGAUGAUACUACUUUCUGGGAAGCAGAAGCAAGCAAAGAGCCAAAUCAGAAAAGAGUAAAGCGAUGGGGCUUUGUCAUGGAUGAAGCUCUGAAAGACCCAGUCGGAAGAGAACAGUUCCUCAAAUUCCUGGAAUCUGAAUUUAGUUCAGAGAAUUUAAGGUUUUGGUUAGCGGUGGAAGAUCUGAAGAAGAGACCCAUCCGCGAUGUUCCUGUCAGAGUACAGGAAAUCUGGCAAGAAUUCCUGGCCCCUGGAGCACCAAGUGCCAUUAAUCUAGACUCAAAAAGUUAUGACAAAACCACACAGAAUAUGAAGGAACCAGGACGAUAUACAUUUGGUGAUGCUCAGGUUGGUAGAAUUGUUUGUACAGAUACGUACAGUGUCUUGGUGGAGAAGUAGGGCUGUGAAAAACUGUUUCUGGCUUUACCAUUCCUUUUUUAAUAAUAUUCCAGAUUAAUAUUUAACAAAGAGCACUAUAUGCAUGCAAUAUCCUAGAAAUUCAGCUUAAAUUCUGUUUUAAUAACUUGCUGCUAAUUAAAAAUAGGUUUGUGCCAAUAAAUCCUAGAUAUAAUUUCUCUGAAUCAACAAAAAAAUCUCUAAUAAUAAAGUUUCUUAAUAAGCAU